AUUAGAAUUAGGAUUUUUAUUAGAGUUAGAAUUUUGCUAUUUUUGGUAAUUACGAAUUUUGGUUGUUGUUUUAUUUUUUAUAUUAAUGGUGUAACAGCGACACAUACAGAUUAGACGUCUAUCGAUUAAAAUGUGAAUUUUUAGAAUUUAUUUCUAUUUCCUUAUUUUCCCUUGUGGAUUCAAGAAAUCUCUGUGAGGAGUCCAAAGAAGAUCCAUGGAUUUGGAGUAGUUAUCCUUGAGGAAGAUGGUGCUCGACCUCAACACGUCCUUCCCUGCGUCAAUUGGUAUCAGAGUGAGGACUCCCCUCAUACUGAUGGCAAAUAACGAAGGGCCCAAUCUGAAUGGUCUUUUGGGACGACAGUCUGGGACAACUGCUGGUUACUCGUAUUCUGCUGCGAACAAGAACAGGGCUGUGAUCUGGGAAGAGUCAACUUUGUACGAUUACUUGCUUAAUCCCAAGAAGUACAUUCCAGGGACGAAGAUGGUUUUCCCAGGUCUGAAGAAGCCACAAGAUCGGGCAGACCUCAUUGCUUAUCUCAAAGAGUCCACAUCCAGCUGAUGUGCAUCUUAAUUUUGUGGCCUUUGAGAGUGCCAUUGGUUGCAGAGUCAGAUUACAAGUUACAAAGAUUCUAUUUUUUCGCAAAUAACACCCGGGGAGGAAGGUCACCCAAGUUAUGAGUUCUUUAUUUUUUUCAAGUAGUUGGAUAGAGAU